AGUUAGUGGACUGUAACCUUACCUUGCUAGACAGAAACUAGAAUUUAGAAAUAAAAUUUGAGGCGAAUUCCUGAUAUGGAAAAGACCAAAGAAGGACUAGACAAAAAUAAUAAAUAUGAUAGACAGCUUCGGCUGUGGGGAGACCAUGGACAGACUGCACUGGAGACUUCUCGUGUGUGUUUAAUCAAUGCCACUGCUACUGGGACAGAAAUCCUUAAGAACCUCAUAUUGCCUGGUAUUGGAUCAUUCACUGUGGUUGAUAGCUGCAAGAUUCAGGGUGAAGAUGUAGGAAACAACUUUUUUCUAUCAAAGGAUGCUAUUGGUCAGUCAAGAGCAAAAGUUGCCACAGAAUUGUUGUCUGAACUGAACAAUGAUGUCACAGGGGACUUUGUGGAAGAGUCUGCAGAAAGUCUGUUAGAGAGUAAUGAUGGAUUCUUUCAACAGUUUACUGUUGUCAUAGCAACCAAUCUCUGUGAAAGAACACUUUUAAAGUUGGGAAAAUGUUUAUGGGCGAACAAUAUACCACUGCUUGUGUGCCGUUGCUAUGGUUUCAUUGGAUAUAUACGACUUGUGAUCCGAGAACAUGCAGUUAUCGAGUCACAUCCAGACAGUGCACACGAGGACCUUCGUCUUGACCGGCCCUUUCCAUCCCUUGUCAAGUACUUAGAUUCCAUUGACCUGUCCUGUAUGAAUAAAAAGGACCAUUGCCACACCCCUUGGCUUGUUGUGCUGUACAAAUAUCUACAAGAGUAUAAAGCAAAGCAUCAGGGUCAAAUACCUAAAGUGUACAAGGAGAAAAAUGAACUGAAAGAAUUGAUAAAAGCAGGUAUACAGAGAAAUGAUGAUGGCAUAAUGGAAGAAGAGGAGAAUUUUGAUGAAGCUGUUAAAGCUGUUAACACUGCCCUUAUACCCACCAAGGUGCCAGCUAACAUUGAACAGCUGUUUGAAGACCCAGACUGUGAAAACCUUAAUGCAGAGAGUUCCAACUUUUGGAUUCUUGUCAGAUCUUUAAAAGAAUUUGUAGCUAACGAAGGGAAAGGUGCUCUACCAGUGCGAGGCACCAUUCCAGACAUGACAGCAGACUCGGAGCGCUACAUUCAGCUACAGAGGAUAUACCACAACCAAGCAGACACGGAUGUUGCGGCCGUGUCACGGAGGUACCACGAUCUCGUUCAGAGUUUAGGACUAGAUGAACCAGUCGGCAUUCCAACCAGUCACUGGAGAUGUAAAAAUAGAGCUGGCUGCAUCUCAGAGCAAGAAAUUAAAACAUUCUGCAAGAAUGCAGCUUUUCUACGGCUGGUGCGUUGUAGAAGCCUGGAGGUGGAAUACAGCCCUCAAUCAGAGAAAAUCAAGUUUCAAGUCCAGCAUUUGGAUUCUGAAGACCCGGAUGAUGUUGUCUUCUACGUGUUGCUGCGUGCCGUGGACAGUUUCUAUGACACCCACAGUUCCUACCCAGGCUGGUAUGCAGACCAAGUGGAGGCUGACGUUCAUAAACUGAAGGGUUGCCUGACGAAGCUUUACCAUGAAUGGGGCGUACCGUGCAACAUAAAAGAUGACUACGUCCAUGAAAUGUGUCGUUACGGAGCCUCAGAGUUACACACUAUGUCAGCGUUCAUUGGUGGUGCUGCGGCGCAGGAAGCCAUUAAAGUUAUCACCCGCCAGUUUGUGCCUAUCAAUAACACGUUCAUCUACAAUGCGAUGAAACAAACAUCUGUGACAGUCGAGCUAUGAACACUGUAUUAUGUACGCAAACACUGCCAGGCCUGAUUUGUUGACAAGUCAUCAACUAAAAUAUUCUCAGUUUGAUAAAGCUCCAUUUGCAUAUUUCAAAAAAUAAGCAUGACUAAUGUUGUAAAGACAAAUGUCCAUUCCAUGAACAUUUUUGUCAGAUAAUCAAAUUAAUUGAACUUUUUGUUUAUGUAUCAGAAGUUGUAUCUAGAAAAUAUCUAUGUCAAGUUCGAAUAUGAGUCAUGCCGGGUCAAAAACUAGGUCACGGGGUCACUUGGUGCAUUUCAAUAACUUCUAUCAAAGCGUUUAUUGGGUGCAUAUGUCAUCCUAUGGAGACAGCUCUUGUUUUGACUGUUAACAUAAAAAAUAAACCUAUGUCAAUUAUAUUUAAGAAAAAUCGAGAAAUUUGGGCCUGCUGGUCACCUUGUUGUUUUUUAUAACUAAUUGACAUAAAUGCAUCUUAACAGAUACAUUUUCCAUCUGGAUUUGACCAUUUUAUGUGUGACAGGUCCUCAUAGUGGGAGAUUCUCAAUGUCUACCAUAUAGCUUUGAUUCCCUUUAUUCCUACUGUUCCCACCCUCUACAAAAUAUAUUUGGUUUCAAUUUAUGAUCUAUGGUUGAUAACAUAAUACUGUUAAUUUAAAUUAUGCAGUUGCUAACAAGCAUGGUACAAUUUGUAAAUUGUAUUACUUAUGUUAAAAUUAAACUGUUACAUGUUACACAAUAAUCGACACCACUGGUUUCACUUAGUUUGUCACAAUCCAAAAGUUGAUUGUAAACUUUUUGAGCAUAGUGUUUUUAGGUGAUUUCUUAAUUGAAAGUCGCAUAGUAGUUAUGUUAUAUAUUAAUUUUCACCUCAACAAUAAAUCGCAUAGUAGUUAUGUUAUAUAUUAAUUUUCACCUCAACAAUGUUUGAGUCGUGCAAGAUAUAGAUUUUUAAUUUAAGACAAUUUUAAACCGGUAAUUUGUGUAUCAGUUGUUCAAUAUUGUAUUUCUUUGUUUUCACGUACGUGUGUGUCAAGUACUUUACAUGUACUAUAAUAUGAUUAAAUAAGAAACACAUU